AUGAGUAAUCCCUGGAAUCCCGGCAGUUUUGCACAAUUUCCAUGGACAGCAUUCGCUGCUCUCCUUGGGGCAAUCGGCGGUGUAGCAGGCUCGGCCGCGGUCCUCAUAGUCUCUGACGGGAUUGCCAUUACGGAAUGGACCUUCCAACCCACGGUGUAUCUGUCUAUUAUUUCAACAAUUACCAAUAUUAUGGUACGCUAUGCCCUAGCUCGAGGAUUGACUACGGCUUGGUGGGCGCGCGCACUGAAAGCGAAUACGAAAAUUUCAGACCUUCAUCAGCUCUGGAAAACGGGAAAUAGCGUACUAGCAGCACUCACGAUCGGGGGAAACUUUAAUUUUGUUACACUAGCUUCCGUCAUUGUGGCAAUUUCCCCCAUCAAUGGCCCAUUACUACAACGGGCUUCACGAGUAGCGAUCGUGUAUGUGCAGAGUGGCCUGACGUUAUCGAUUGCACUCGCUCCCCGGGUACCAACCGGCUACACUGGAAUAAUAGAAGGGCGAGGAUAUACUCCAUCAUUUUUCAUGCAAGACUUCACGCCCGUGGUCAACAGCUUCUAUGACCGUUUGGCCAUUCAAAUAAAAAACACAAGUUGUAUUGGCACUUGCUCGAUGACAGUCGUCGGAGCCGGGUUCGCGGUCAACUGCUCUUCCUACGAAACCAAUUUUAACCUCACUAUUUACGCUCCCCCAAACACGACUUAUAACAGCAAUCAAUCCCUGGUGUCUGAGGGCGUUGAUUUGUUCCAAAGCACCAUCAAUUGGUCACCGUAUGAUCCUGGUAACUUACACACUGCCGUACAAUUCAAACCCGAUGCGACGUGUAACAUAAGUCGACUCAUAGUGAGGAACUGCACGUUGAGGCCAGCAACAGUACAAUACAAUGCAGUAAUCGACGGAAAUCAAAGCACGAUCUCCCUUCUCGCAAACUCAACCAUCUACGACGACGCGAUUCAAAGCCUCUACAACAUUCAGGAGUCCUAUCAAUCUGGGGAUAACAGUACACUUGGAGGGUUUUAUUUGGCCCUGGCGAACCGCUUCAACUCGUGGGCUAACGUCAAAUGGGCUGGCGCAAUAGGGUAUUACCUCCUUACAUCAGGGGUAACCGCAAAUCAAUUCAUCGAUUCCAACAGUACUGCUAGCUCGGCCCACUUGGAGAACUUUUGUAAUAUUUCAUUCGGAGAUCCAACGGACAGCUUGCUAGCUAACGCUCGGGAGUUGAUGUUCCGAACGGCGAUCGCUGCUGCCAAUUCCUCCGAUAUUCAAUCUAUGCCUGCCAUACAAGUUGCAAGCGUGGCCUUAUAUCAAUCCCAUUACCUUUAUCUUGCACUUGCGAGUGGCUUUACUUUGCUGUCGAUCAUCUUGGUUAUCCCCACGUUCUCUGGUUAUUGGAACCUUGGCCGAAAGGUCUCGAUGAGUCCCAUUGAGAUUGCCAAGGCUUUCAAUGCACCUAUCUCGAGACAGGCGGACUCGAAUGCAGAGGCUGAACAAUUGAUCAAGGGAUUGGGAGAGAUAGAUGUAAGGUAUGGUGUGGUGUCGACUGGGACUGAAAUUGAUGAUUCGGAACGUCCCAAGCAAGGAGUUUUGUAUACGGAAACAGACAUUUCUCGUAGGAGGUUGGAGAUUGCACCUUCGCAACUUGUUACGAAGCCUGAGAAGAGAUAUGUUUAUGCGGGAUAA